UGAUACAUUCACCCACACAGCAGCAGUAGUUUUUAAUCCCACUGUAAACCCUUCUGCUAAUUUUGUACGAUUCUCAUAUGUGUAUGUGUGUGCAGUGAAAUCAUCUUAAAAAAUCAGUGACGCUGUGAGCAGCAUCUCCUUAUUUAUUUUUUUUUUUGCAGAAACUCUCUCAGCAGACAAUGGUCGUGCAGUGGAAGAUGUUUAAAUAUCCCGUAUUGUGAAUUCCACGAACUCAGUCCAUUACCACGCAUGAGUCAUUCUGUUGAUAACAUACACACGAUCCACAGCGACGUCCACUGCAUUCCUGCUCACAUUAGCCUUGGAGGUGUGGGCCCGGGGGCUAAAAUCUGCCCUGGAAAACAAUAUGCUGCGUGUCACCCCGUGUAGGCUGCGAGCUGGAGAGCCGAGUGAAGCUCAGUGACACGCUCGUGCUUAAAAAUAAUAGGUCACUGAAGGCAUUUUCUUCCCGAGGAGACAGGUGUGUGCGUGAGUUUGGUCUUGAGUCGUCCUGUUUAAGUUAGCUUAUCAGUUUACCUGCGCUGAAGGGCUCGGUGCUGAGUAAGAUAAGGGAGUAACAGACCACACACAGCAGCGUUUCGUGCCCUGGGAGACGGAGUUUAUUUUGGUGCCGAGGUUUUUGCAUAGUGAUGAGCAGCUCCUGUGCCCACAGCGCUGUAGGAGACUGUGAGUGUGAGUAGGCUACGCGAGUCCUUGAGCUUUUGAGCAAGGAGAAGAUGAAAUGGAGAAAAGUGGUAUCUGGAGUCUUAUCUGAUUCAAUAAGGGUAAAGCGUGUGUGGAUACCAGAAGGAGACGCUUUGAUCGCGUUCAGAAUGCGUGUGUGACGCUGAUUCACUCGCCUAAAAAGGUGAAGACGAGCCACUAGAGACGGCAUGUGGCACAUACUAUGGCUUACAGCGGGCGCACGCCUCUCAGGAGCCGACAGCUGGCCGCCUCUUGCCAUCCUGUAGCCGGGGCGUCUGUGUCUGAGCUCCACGCGCCUCACACAACACACCUUUUGACUUCAUGAAGAUCCCUGACAUUGGUGAUGUAAUGAAUAAAUUUGAAGUCCUUGGGAUUGUGGGUGAAGGUGCCUAUGGUGUAGUUCUGAAGUGCCGACACAAGGAGACCAAUGAAAUUGUGGCCAUUAAGAAAUUCAAGGACAGCGAAGAAAAUGAAGAGGUUAAAGAAACAACGCUACGGGAGCUCAAGAUGCUCCGCACCCUCAAACAGGAGAACAUUGUCGAGCUGAAAGAGGCCUUCCGCAGGAGAGGGAAACUGUAUCUCGUUUUUGAGUAUGUCGAGAAGAAUAUGCUUGAACUCCUUGAGGAGUUACCCAACGGUGUGCCAACUGAGAAAGCGCGCAGCUACAUCUUCCAGUUAAUCAAAGCUAUUCACUGGUGCCAUAAGCAUGACAUUGUUCACAGAGACAUAAAGCCAGAAAACCUGCUCAUCAGCUCUGAUGACGUCCUCAAGUUGUGCGACUUUGGAUUUGCACGUAAUCUCUCUGAAGGGACUGAUGCCAACUACACCGAGUAUGUGGCCACUAGAUGGUACCGCUCUCCAGAGCUCCUGCUCGGGGCUCCUUAUGGGAAGGCAGUGGACAUGUGGUCAGUGGGCUGCAUCUUAGGAGAGCUGAGUGACGGGCAGCCUCUGUUCCCAGGAGAGAGUGAGAUUGACCAGCUCUUUACCAUCCAGAAAGUGUUAGGACCCUUACCACCAGAACAGAUGAAGCUCUUCUAUAACAACCCUCGCUUCCACGGGCUGAGGUUUCCCGCUGUGAACCACCCUCAAACCCUGGAGCGAAGAUACCUGGGUAUCAUUGGCGGAGGCCUGCUCGACCUGCUGAAGAACCUGCUCUUGCUGAAUCCGACGGAGCGUUUUCUCACGGAGCAGAGCCUGAACCACCACGCCUUCCAAACCCUGCGGCAUGUGGAGCGCCCCGGCCCGCCCACACCUACACCUGUACGCUCCUCCAAGAGAAAACCUCACCACGGAGACAACACCACACCAAGCAGGAGCCAUGGGGGUAAGAGCUCAGGAGGCCACCGCUCCAGCAGCAGAGAGUGCUCCAGCUUACCCCGACAUGAGGACCUCCACCCCAACAAUGACAGCUUUCUUAACGGCAACAUGCCUGCAGCCAUCAACCUCAGCCCCACCCUGCAUCCCAAAAACUACCAGCCACAGAUCUUCAACCACUCCACCUCCUGCGGCAUGGACCUGGCCAGCAGCAACCUGCCUCAUCUGCUCAGUCCUGGUGAGGCCAAGAGCAAAGGUGACUUUGAGAUGAACUUGGGGUCUAAAGUAUCCGAUGGACCUGGAGCCAAGUACCUCAAAUCCAACUUCCGCUCGCAACAGAACCGUCACUCAUUUGUGGAGGGAAAGACCAACACGCUUCAAUCAGGGGAGAAACACAGUCGACACAACUACAUCGAGUCCCACGGCUCCACGCCCGCCUCCUCCAAGUUUGCCUACCUGAACUUGUCCAAGAGCUACGGCACGCUCAGCGAUGCCAAGUCAGUGGGGAACUUAAACGAUGUGCAUCUUUACGCAGACGAGCCGACAUCUCGCUAUUUCCCAUCUAGCUGCCUCGACCUCACAGCUCCAAGCAGCCCAGCGGCCCGCAGAGUGGACAGACUGGGACCCGGCACGGCUGGCCGGGGAAGCACGCGCUCAGACAGAGAGAGCAACACAUUGGACUCCUCCUACAGGCGCUCCUCCACCCGCCAUAAGACUUCAGAAGAGGCCAAGUCACCAGACGGCCUGGAUCCGGGAGAGGGCGGCAUGGAGAGGGGCCAUGCUCACUCUUUGUCUGCCCCACAUGACCCUCUGUCUUACGGUCAGGGAUACACCAGCCCCUUCUCCUCCCAGCAGCGGCCGCACCGCCACUCCAUGUACGUGCGGAGGGAUCACCAGAGGACGCAUGGCGGAGAUGAGGGACUGUCGGUCGGACAGGGCAUACCCACCCGGGCCAGCAGCCUCCAGCUCCUGUCUCCGCAGCUUCAGCAUCGCACGCUGCCCCGCCACUCUGGGGGCUCCUCCAGGGAAGAAGACAUGAGCAGGAGCGAACAGGCACCCACUGAGGUCACCCACAGCAGGCCCCCAAUAAGGGACUCCACAAGGGACAACACUGCAUCUUUUCACACACAGCGGCAAAAAAGCGAGGUUGGCUUAUAUCAUGACCAGCAAACAGAAGAUGGGGGCUCUUCCAAAGAGAACCGCAACAUCUACAGCGAAUCCAUGCCCAGGCGGGUGGGCAGCUUCUACAGAGUCCCUUCUCCCCGGCCAGACAACUCCUUCCACGAUAGCAGGGGUCAGAGCCGGGGCUCAGGCAUGUCCGGGGACGGCAGCAGUUUGACAAAUCACUCCAAACGUCAGCCGGCAUUUGACCCCUGGACUGGCCCAGAUACUGUAGUCUUGAAUGCCUCUGAGCCAUCCAAAGAAAAAGAGAAGCAGGGUUUCUUCAGAGCAAUAAAGAAGAAAAAGAAAAAAUCUCAAAUGAUGGAAGUCCCUGAAGGAAGACCUCCUGUCAUCAAGAAAUGUCUUUUCCCUCUGUUUAGCCCAAAGAAUAACAUAAAGCAUAGCUCUUCUGUGAGAGUCCUCCCUGUGGUGUCCUCUCCCAUGGUUCCUAGUGAAGGUGUGGACACGGUCAUGCAGAAGUCCUCUAGGUCCUCGGGACACCAGAGCAGCCGCCACAGGACACGCGACAAAAGCAGAGACCGGGACAAAGAGCGUGACCGGGACAAGGACUGGCCUCCUGAGAAACUGUCCGAUUCACACUCUCCAAGCCAGCCACUGAAGUCACUGCGCAAGCUCCUGCACCUUUCAUCCUCAUCCUCCAACCAGACCGCACCCUCUGACAUGCGCUACCAGCCGCUGCCUAAUCCAGCCUCCGCUCAGGGCGGUUUCUCCGAAAGCCGAGGUCACUCAGGGGUCAGCACGCCCCAGCUCAAGAGCCGACAGGCAGCGUACCCGAUGCCGGGACAGCUGGAGUCCAGCUGGCACACCUCCGCCCUGGGCCGACCUGAGGGCAACCCGUACCCAGAGCAGAUGAGCAUCAAAGGGGGCCAGAACGGGCACGGCUUUGGUCGCCCGUCCAGGUCUCGUAUGCCAAACCUCAACGACCUGAAAGAGACGGCUCUGUGAUUCCAUCGCCUCACACCUAUCGCAUCCUAGGAGUCCUUAGGAUGUGUCCAUCCUGUGUGUUGCUCCCACAUCUCCCUUGUAUAACAAUACACCUACUGAACACACACACACUCACACAUACACACACACACAAUACCAAAUCAUCAGUUUUAAACACUGCUUGCAAACAGGCCAAAAGCCUUUUUACGUCUUAAUUUUUUUUAAAGCUUCCAUGUUUGAUAGACUUUAUAUUAUUACUUAUGUAAUUCUGACUAUAAUUUGUAUUAUAACGUAAAUAUAUCACAAAUUAAAUAUAUAUAAAUGGAUAGAUAAAAGUGUAGAUUUUAAGUGUAAGUAUUUUUGUUUCUAUUAAAUAUAGAAAUAUAGUACAUUUACUGCGUAGUAUUUUCCUUAAGACUAAUCUAAGGCAUUUUGAACAAAUAAAAGUUUGGUCAGUUGUUGCAAUAGAGGUGGUAAUGUCAGUUCCGUGUGUUCAUCUCAUCCAGGAUUGUAACUCUGUCCAAGCUGUCCUGCCUUUGGAUGUGCUAUGUCAUACUGGUCACAGAUGCUCAAAUGUGCAACAAUCAGUUAAUGCUGCCUUGUAUUUCAAAUAUAGCUGUUGUGUGUACAGUUUCUCUGAGUUGGCACUGACAAUCUUAAAGCUUGGAUCUGAUUGCUCUCUUUUUUUUUUAGGAUAUUUAGUUGUUUUUUUUAUCUCUAUGAAGUGCAGCCAUUUUAGAAACUCUGGUGCCAUAAAUAAACAGAAAUCCUAACAUACAUCGCCCUCUGUGGGACAUAACGAAGCACUGCAUUUACUGUUCUCUGAGAAAAUCAAUAUGUAGACAAUGACUUUUGAUGCACUAAAUGGGUAAUAAAUGAACAUUUUCAUAUUAGAUACUAAUGUCAUACAACUAAAACUACAGUUGCAUUUCAAUCAUCUUAAAUAGAACAAACCAUAUAAUUAUAUAUUAAAAAAAAGAAAAAAAGAAAAAAAAAAAAACGUCUCAAGAAAAAUACUUUCUGAAAUGUUAAGGUGAGGUGACACACACUUUGGAUAAAUUAACAGUGUAGUAAAAUGUUCCACUGCUUUGAGCAAACUUUAAGGAUCCAGUUAAUGACAAAGGACAUCUGAAGCCGAUACUGAAGGUUGUGGUUCUCUCUGAUAGCUGCCCUCACAAACAGGGUGUGAAGAAGUUGUGUUGUUCAUAUUUAAAUUCCACGUGAGCAACAUCCAAGUGGUUCUAGUCGUUUGAUUAGUUAAAGAAAUGUGUAAAUACGUCCACAUCCAGAUGUAAAUUUUAACUGUUUUCUUUGGCAGAGAUGUGCUAUCCUGAUGUGCUCCCAUGUAGGAAGCGAGGCACCGUUUUAUCCCCACUAUUCACUCAAAUAGACAAUACUUAAUGUAUUGAUUCAACACUGCUGGCUAUAUAAAGAUGUACAUUGUUACAGUACUGUUUAACAUAAAGGUCCAUACAGCCAGAGUUCAACAAUUUAUCCAUUACUUUAAGCUGUUUUCGCCAUUGAAGGACCACUUAUUGUUGUUUACAUUUAGCUUUUUUUUUUUUUUUUUUUUGCAAACUUGCUGUAUAUACACUAGAAUUAGCUGUUUGUUGCCUUCCCAUUACUGUUAAUCUAACAUUUAGCCAUUUUGGUGGUUAGUAGGAGGUUAAUACAUUUUUGUUUUUCCUUUAUUUUUUUACCAGUUUCAAACAUUCAUUCUUGAUUUGUCUUGUUACAGCCAUUUAGCCGUUACUGUUAGCUAACUCUCUCAAUUCACUACAUUUAGCAGUUUUUUUAUCCAUUACUUUUGGUUAAUCUUUCAGCUAUUUGUCCUGUUCCACUUAUUUAUUUACUACUUGCAGCUGUUUAAUGUUUUUCUUUUAGCAAAGUUGUUUCAGUUAUGUUUCACCACUUUUAGCUAACUAUGUUAGACAUUUUAGUUAGCCUAACACUCGUACACGUUUUUCAGGAUACACUACAUCCAGUGGUUUCUUUGUUUAUGUGUUACUUUUAGUCACAAACACUUUAUUCACACAUUUUAGCUAUUAUUUAUUUUUUUUAGCUCUGUUAUAUAUUAGGAUUUUUGUUUUUGUUUUCGUUUAGCUAACUAGCUGUCACAUUGAGUUUUUUUAGCCAUUUAAUUAUUACUUGCACUAGUUUUAGCCACUUAUCUUUAGUUGUAACCACUUGUCUAUUUUUUUUUAUCAGUUAAAGUCAUUUAGCUGUUAUCUACUUAGCUGUUUUAGCCUCUUUUCUAAAUUCUGAAUUUCUGAAUUGUGAAUUGUACUAACUAGAUCCAUUUCUCUUUUGAGCAUUUUGAACAUUUAUUUGUCAAAUACUUACUUUUAUGCUAGCUAACCUUAAGAUUAAUGCUUUUUAUUUGACUUUUUUGUUUUAUUUUUUCUACCAGUUUUCCAUUUCGUUAACUAACUAUUUCCAUAAUCUGUCCAUUGCUUUCAGUCAACGCCGCUCUGCUAACUAACUUGUCGCAGACUUUCAUUUGAAACACAUGAUAAAUAUUGUUAGUGCUUACUCAAAUAGUUCAGUUCAGGUGUGUCCCCUUGGUUGGGAAUCAGUGCUCCACUGUAUUUUUAACUGAUUGCACACACUGAACCACUUGGGGCGAGCUUUUGAAAGGAAACACCGUGGGGGCAGAAUCCGUACUGUAACAUUGUUUUGUGUUGGAAUUAAAGUGCCAUGAGAGUAGCUCGGCAGAAAUAAACCACAAACCUUUUAAUGUUGCACUUUGAAGAGACUGCGUGGCUCAGCAAUAUCGCUCUGACUCUGUAAUUUCUCCCUCACCUCAUGUUUUGUCAUGUGCUCGGCGUGUGGAGACUGAAACUCGUGGGCCGCGGGCUCUCGCAGUGACACGUCGAGUCCAGACAUGGCCGUACCGUGUUGUGUGUUGUGCGUCUGUGCACAUUCUGUACUUGACACAACACAUUUCUCUCUUUGGAUUAUUAUUUUGCUGAAGGAGCACUGUGUAUUAUAUUAAUACUGAUGUGUGACUACUUGUUUGGUAAUAUUUAUAACAGAAGAUGUUUAUCAAACGUUUAAAUGAAAUCAAGUAUUAAGUUUGUGCUUUUAUUACAGACACAAAUUAGUAGCAUAGUCAGUGUUUAUCUGCUUUUUUUUUUUCCAAUGGAGCAUUUACAUGAGAACAACAUAAAUCCACAAAUGAAUGCUUAACACUUUUAGAAUAUUCAUGUUUACAUAUGUACCAGUAAAAUCUCAAAUAAAACAAGCCAAUUUGAUUUGA